UUCGAAAAUUACCAAUUAGAAACUGGACCACUUCAGGUCUAUGCUGGUCUGGUCCGGAAUCUGAGCUGGAUGGCGGACGGUAAAAUGAGUGAUGUUCUCUCUCCUACUGCAAAGGCUUUAUCACGCGCUGCUGUGAUAGCGCACAACGAUGGGGACGAAGGCUGCGUAAAGGCCAUUCUUAGUGCUUUGUGGAAUCUUGCUUCACAUUCGGAUCGUAAUAAGCGGGCUAUAUGUGAUGAACCCGGCUUCCUUGCUGUUCUUACCACACUGCUUACUAAUGAUGCAAGAAUGACGGCUGUCGUCGAAAGCACGUCGGGUAUUUUGAAAUAUGUUUCGCAAUACUUGUUGUCAAAUUCCACUCAUAUUAGCGCAAGGCCCGAAUUGGCAAUGCAUCUGGUGCAGUUGUUGAGCAGUGCUUCAUUUACCAUCGUGGCGAACACUCUUGGUGCCCUAAGCAACCUUAUAGCAAAGGACCCACAUUUGCAGUCUUUGGUUCGGCACGAUGCUUUUGCAAUGAAUCAGUUAAAUGUGCUGCGAAAUUCAGCACGUGAAGAUAUUCGAGUUGCUGUUAAAGCAGUUCUCAAUCACCUUAAUCAACCAAUUGGCUAUGCGUGUUAUCGAGACGUGUACUUAGACAUGUCAUCUUCAAUUGGUUGUGAACCGAUGUGUUCUAUGCGUGACUCCCGUUUGUUGACUCUUCGUGGAGUUAGGAUAUCUCCAGGCGGUGUAGGAAGUUCUGCCCAUCACUGUGUCGGCAUUCAUCCUACUCUCUUGUCACCUGGUCCGCCCUUAGGAUUCGCACCUCCUCCAGAGCCUGAUCGAGCUCACCAUUUUGAUGAUACCACUCCAGUUCAGCCUUCACUUGUGCCUGAUGAAAUUACGGGAGAUCCCGAUCUAGAGGAUAGUAUUCGAUGUACCCGUAGUGUUAGCGCUGCCUCUCUUGGUAGCGAAUUGCCGAAUACGUCUACUGGUUGGCAGAGUUCUCUUGACACUGCCACUAACAGCAAUCGAAUGUCUCCAAUAUCUCCUUCUGAGCUGCCCGAUUCACCAACCCAGUGCUCAAAGAUAACGAAAGAGUCAGGUGACCCUUCAACUCCGCUCAGUGUCACUGUUCGUACUAACGUGGAUGUUGCCUCUACAAGUGAACAACGGUCAGGUCUUACAGCCAGCGACACGACUACUGCUAUCAUCGAUGAUCAACCCACUCCGACAUUUCCUGCAUUCAUCCUCCACUCACAGCCACUGUCGUCGAGCUUUCUAGCAGCUGAAGAAGUACGUUCUGAAAUUCGUAAUGCUCCAUCUCUUGACGAUAUCUAUGCCGUAGCAGGUAGUGUCGAUGGGGCGGAGUUAUUAGCGAGAUCCAUUGAAGCUGUUUUGCCUCAGCCGUCACCACGGACGACUACACCUAGGCAGCAAAGGAGGUUAGCUGAUGGCAGACUUCUCGCCCAUAUGAUGGAAUCCGUGCAACCAUCGCCUCGAAAGCCACGGCACAAUCUUUCAUCUAUGCAUCAGGCAAGUGCAGAUCGCCUGCUGACUGCCUGCAUUAAUGCAGCUAUGCCGCAAACGCCAUCUUCCAGGGAUGAUCCAAAAAACGAGAAGGACGGACGUGGUUGCACUCCAGUGAGUCGCUGCGUCCGCCCAUCUCAUCCAAACGCAAAUCACAACGUCAAAAUGGUGAAUGUUGAAAGCAAGGAAAACGCUCAUAAAGAUGACGAAAAUUGUUUCUCACGCAAAUCUUCGGAGAGUUGGUCUGAUAACGAUAAUGAGAAUGUCGAACAACCAGACACUACCCUUCCACUCGACUGUUUUGUCGAAGACGAUAUCACCAUCGAUUGUUCAGCAAUAAGUUUGUCUUCACGUCCUCACUCAUCGUCCGCUACAGCCGGAUGUCCAACUCCGAAUCAGGUUGUACGUCGUUCGAAAUUUACUAAUACAACUCACAGAACGCGCUUACCGAAGCCAGCAACGAACAGUCAGUCAUCUUUACAAACCUUUUCAAGCACUAUAAUCGGAUUGGCACGAAAUCAGUAUCAAGAAGAGAAACCACAUCAGUUGCUGUAUCUCCUUGUAUUUAUACAAAAUCGAAAGAGCGGAAGGAACAUCAAUGUACGCUACGAUUCAGCAUCGUCGUACAAUGAACAAGGUAGAAAAGUGGUACGAGAAGGACAAAAAUAG